AUGAUCACAGACGACCUCCCCUGGCCAGAGCUCGGCAAUGUCUCGCGCGGCGCGACGCGCGGAAACCAGGGCUCAAAGGGCGUCCUCGGCCCUCCAGAUCCUCAAGGCAGAGCAAUCCUCCAAUUGCGCGUUCAGCCAGGUGUGCUUGCAGUAAAGCUAAAUCCAACUGCUGCAGCCUGGUAUCGCAUGCUCGACGCAGAGGUCCAGCGCGCUCUCAAGGAGACAAAAACCUACUGGCGCAAGGCGCGAAGACGCCAGGAUUAUGAUGCGCGCGCAGACCAGGACCAUAUGGAACUCCACGAGUGGCUUCAGCAGCUCAAGGACAAGGCAAUGGCCCACCUCGAGCUACUCCUCCAGAAGGGAGAAAUCACUGGCCCGCCGUACGUCAUGCCCGACCAUAUCGAGUUCACAUUUAUGCGCGGUUUCGUCGAGCGACAGCGUGCUGGAAUUCCACAUAACCCGCGUCUACGUGGACUCCCCCACGAUGAGCAGCACCACAUCCCGGAAGAGGACCUUGUGGACGACGAUGUCGACGCCCGCGGCUCGCCUGAAAGCGUGAGUGUCGCCAGCGCACUCAAAAGUCCCGUCACGCCCUUCGCAGCCGGUCGUCCUACCUCGUCCACCUCUCCGCCCUGGUCCAAGCUCCCCUCAGACCCCUCGUCAUCUUCCCAGCCGCUCGAUAUCGUCCGGAAGAUCGAGGCCUCGCAGAAUGCUCUCCGGCAAUCCCGUUCGCGGCUAAGGGUUGCCAGAACAUCCACUCAAGACGCCUAUUCACGCUACAGGCAAGCUGUCGACCAACAACAAAUCCUUGAAGCCGAGGUCAUCCGCGCUGAAGAGCGCCUGGACGAACUGACCCGUGCCCUCGUACAGCAGUCAGCAACACCCACUCAAGGGCCAUCCGUCAGCAGUGCACCCGCCGCUGGUCCGUCCUCUGACCUUCAAGUCCAGACUCAGCUACAUUCACAAGGACAGCCUACCUCGGCCGCUUCAACACCAAUUGCAACCUCCGCCCCCAACGGUGCAUUCGACCUCGCGUCGUUACACCCCCUCAACCCUUCCUCCCAUCCGCGCUCCCACCAGCAAGCUCCCCACCCGCAAGCUCACCAUCAUCCGCAACAGCAACAACUUACACCAUACUCGCAACAUCAGGUAUAUCCAUGGGCAGCGUCCCCUUACCCUGGUGGACCGCCUCAACGUCCCGCGUCGAGCGUCUCGGCUUCCAGUGCGCCCGGUGGCUUGAGCGUUGAGCUAGCCCAUGCCCAACGUUAUGGACCGGAGAUGUCUCUCAGUAGCGCUGGUGGAAGUAGGAACACGAACGAGGACUGGACGACAAUAGGUUCUGAAAGUGAAGUGAGUCGUCCUGUCCUUCGCUGCAGCACUUCAUCUGGUCCUGUGGUCCAUGGUGUUUGUUACGCCCGUCUGACAAGCCACGGAUUUUCUGGGCAGCAGGCAACAUUGAUGCACGCACACGGCGUCUCCCGCGUCGCUAGCCCGCAACGCAAACAUCCCCGCGAGUGGGAAGGGUCAACUCAACAACAGCAACAACAGCAACAACAGCAGCAAUCGGCACAGUCGGCACAGUCGGCACCGCAGAUGUCCAUCCGAGACAGCGGCGACGAUUCGGCGCCACACCCUCCCCGGAAACGUAUGAACCAGACAGACUCUUCGGGUGCAUCAACCCUCCCAAUGGCGUUGUCUCUCGCGAGUCCGUUGCCUAGCCCGCACCCUCCACACCAGCCUCACCAGUCCCAUCAAUCGCAACAGCAGCAGCAGCAGCAUGCUUACCACGCGGCGGGAGGGUGGCCAAACUUCGCACCUGGUCCUGGGCCUGAUAAUUGA